UUCUCUUUGUCUGUGCAGAUGAGCCAGAAAACCUGAGCACGAAGCCACAAGACCUAACGGUGACAUCAUGCAAGAGCCUGACACCACCACCAGCCGUCGCAUUGAUCACCUCAGCCGCUGCAGCCGCAGCCAAGGCGUCGCCAAGGGGACCAAGUCCAGACCGGCCGUCGUCAGGCAUGCUCUUCGUGCCCAAGUCAGGUCCACUGGAGCCGCUCAGUCUCAACACUCCGCUGCCCCUCGAGCAUCCAGCACCCGCCGCCUGGACCAGGGCCAGUCACUACCCGCCCAUCUACCACCCCUACCCACCGCCUCCACCUGCCGACGUCUACCACCAUGCUUAUCACCACCUCUACGCCCCCCGCAGUCCACCAUCGCCACAGGACUAUCACCACCCUGCAGCCGUCUCCCAAAUCUGGCACGUACCAGGAUCACUCUCCCCGACAUCUUCAACGUCAUCCCACUCGCACCAUAGCCUCUUCUAUGGCACGAGUCCACCCCCUGUAACACCUGAGGACUUAUCAUCCCCUGGAAGCGUAGCCAGCAGUACCGGCAGCGGAAACACAAGGAAACGCUCCAAGGAUUCCAACGAUGCCCCCAGGUAUCAAUGCAACUUUUGUUCGAAAUCUUACUCCACUUACUCAGGCCUCUCCAAACACCAGCAGUUCCACUGCGCCGCCAACGAAGAUUCGUCAGCCAAGAAGUCGUUCAGCUGUAAGUACUGCGAGAAAGUGUACGUGAGUCUGGGUGCUCUGAAGAUGCACAUUCGCACGCACACGCUGCCGUGCAAGUGCAAGCUGUGCGGAAAGGCGUUCUCGCGGCCGUGGCUGCUGCAGGGACACAUCCGCACACACACCGGCGAGAAGCCGUUCUCGUGUCCGCUGUGCAACCGCGCCUUCGCCGACCGCUCCAACCUGCGCGCGCAUCUGCAGACCCACUCCGACGUCAAGAAGUACUCAUGUGCGUCCUGCAGUAAGACCUUCUCGCGGAUGUCUCUGUUGUCGAAGCACUGCGAUGGCGGCUGCCCUGGAGUCGGAGGCGCCUCCAAUUCGAGCGGCGACGAGCAGUCUAUCGUCUACCAGCCCAAUUCACCCUCCCACCCCUCCAUGCCUCACCUGCCUCCCAACUCCUGUGCCGAGGAACAGUCAUUGAAGUACCAACCACAUUCCCCAUUCAGACUUGUUGUCAACUAAAAACACUUCUCUUUCCUUCUAUAAGCGUCCCACCUUACUCAAUCAUCCAUGACAUUCCAUUACUUGAGAAUCAUUUUAUUCUCAUCUGUCAAUCCUGUUUCCAUGAGCUGUGACAUUUUUCUAAACAUAUUCCUAAAAUAUAAAUUCAGGUUCUAUAGAAACAUUGAUUACCUUAUAAGUAUUUUUCAAACGUCACAUUCCAUGAGAUUAUCAACAUAAGAAUAGCAGUCUCUCAAUUUCUCACUAUAUAGCCUGUCAACCUACAAAAAUUCUCAAGUAUUUACACUGCCAUUUCUCAUGUUUCUACCAAUUAUGUAUAUCAGCCUUUUAUAUUUCGGCAGACUGUUCAAGAGAAUCUAAUUAUAUCUAAUAUAUGGAUUCUUCAAUCAUUCAGCUAAGUCAUGUAUGUAUAUAAUUAUUAUUGAACUAUGUAUUAUAUGAGAAAUAAUAUAAAAUAUUAUUCUGUAUUCGAAUAAAUUUUUGUAAGAGCCGCCCGCAUUGAACCGAGUGAAUUGAGGUGUACAAGUUAGGCCUUAACAUUUCACUUGAUAAGUCAUUUAUAGUUUGUAAGUCAGAAUGGUUAGAUAUUAUUCUCAUAAUUUUAGUAUUUAGGAAUUACCAUGAAUUCGAUUUUAUAGUGCCUAUCAAAAUAAGACUGAUAACGUAACGUUUUAAUAAGAGAUUUUUUCCACUCAAAGUGCUCUCUAUUUUUUAUCAUAUUUUUUCUGAUCCAAUCAACAUUUUUGAAGUAAUCUUAGGCUUAUUAAGUAAUUUUGAAAUUUCAUUGAGAACAGAUCAUUCCUUCUAUUGUUCAUUAAUUCAGUGAUUUUUUUAAUUUUUCGUUCUAUUUUUACAACUUUCAUUUCUCAUCUCAUUUUUUUAACGAAUGUCAUGAACAAUUCGAAUAAUUUUGUGUUUUUUUCAUUUGAUAUUAUAUUGUCAUUUGCGAAUUUUCUUGCCAUUCUGUAUACUAGUCACAUAAAGGCGAAAAAAGAAUUGCCGAAAUGUAAAUAUUUAUUUAAGAAUUUUAUAUUAGAAUAAUGAGAUAAUAUAUUUUAUAACAUGUUUCAGGAAUGAAUUGUAAAUAGCCUUAAAAGUGCCUUAGUUUCAGAUGAAUGUUUCAAUUUAUACCGUUCCUUCUGAUGAUUAUAGAGAUAUUUUAUUUGCAGUAUAUGAAGUUUUAUACAUUUUUGUAUUAAUAAAUCUGUUUUUAUAUAA